AUGUCAGUGCUCCAGAUUGUAUUUUUGCUGAUCCUGGUCAAUAGCAAUGGAUCUCAGAAAACCGAAAUGGAUUUGGAUGAGGACACGGAUCAUUCAAAACCAGAACCCAUCGAUGGACGAUCGUUUUUCUUUCUGGGCACCUUGUUUCGGCGCUGGCGUAACCGGUGGAUGGCCUAUCAUAAUCCGGAUCCCGUUUUCGCCGGUCCCGCUUAUCCCAUAUCCGGCUAUUACAAUUGUCCCGCAUAUGGCUGCAAUCCGGUGGCUAUUGGUCCUCAACCAGGUUACUACGCUACACCCGCAGGAUUUUACAGCAUGCCUCUGAAUCAGCAGCAGGCUCAGGGGAACAGCAAUGUCUAUAUCUAUCAGAGUGAUCAAAAUUCUGCAUCGGCUGGAAGUCCCAUGGGAUAUGGGUAUCUCAGUGGGACAUCGCCAAUGAGACCAGCUCCGCCCUUCCCUCCACCGGCACCUGGUAUGCCACCGCCCUCAUCCGUUGGUACGGUAACGGCCAACGCAGGUGGAUAUUCUGGACCAGGAGCCGGACCUGGACAACGGCCAGGACCGUUUCCAAUACCCUUACCUCAGCUGGGAUGA